AUGCCAGGAAGUCAGAAAAAGCAGCAAGCGGAGAAUUAUAAUAAUGGGUCUACACCCAACAAGUUGGACGACCAAAUGGAAAUGGUGUUGCAGCUAAUAACGAAAAGAACCAAAGGGGAAAACACCAAUGCCCAAAUUGAGUCUGCGGUCUCUGAUAUUUUACAGUCCAUGGGAGCAGCGCCACCAUCAAAGGUGCCCAAGAAGGGCAAUCAGGGCAAGAAUAGUGCUGAAAAGGCCAUGGAAGAUUCCUCUGUACAAUCAAAGGCGAAAUCGCCAAAAAAGGCAAUAGAAGUCGAUAUGGAUGAUUACGACGAUGUUGAUGUGAAACCACAUGCGAUAAGUCUGCCGCCACCGAGCGAGGAGAAUUCAGGGCAUGAUGAUACUCCAAACUCUGAUAGUGAUUGGAACGAAGAAGAAUACAAAGAUAAAAUCAGUCUAAUCCCAAUGGGAAUGGAAGGCGCCAAAAUGAUGACCACCUUUGGAGACUCACGAUCGCCAGAUCCAAAGGCAUUGGAAGAAGCGCUCUUGGGAACGCGACGGACCUUGCAAUUGGCCAUGAUGGACGCCCGUGCCAUUCGACGCAAAAUAAAAAAGCGUUUUGACGAAGCCAAAAGGAUGAAUCGGAGGCUGGAUCAAUCAUCUUUGGCACAGGCAAGCUCCCUGGACCCUACAAUGAUGUCAAGAAGUCUAACCGCUCAUGAUCGAUUGGCUUACAAUUUGCCGUGCGGCUUCGAUAUUGAGCAGUUGGAAUCGUUAUAUCCUGAAGUAAUGCGGGAAUAUCGACGCUGGAAUGAUAUGUAUCAACGAAGCCAACGUAAGAACGCUUCUGCUGAGAAGGAAGAUGAUGCUACCAACCGGGAAUCUGAUGAUGAAAACGACGGCAAAAAGGGGGACCCCAGUCCGGAUGCUCAGACCGAAACUGUGGAAGAAGACGAUACUGAAGCAUUGGGAGGUCAUUUGAAAGAACGAGCCGCUCAUUUUGAUACGCGCACUGACAGCAUGCAAAGCGAGGGAUAUCUCAGGUUUUCACAAGUACGGCAAGGAUCCUUCCUAUCCCGGGGUAAAAGGCAACGGAAAUCGAAAGAGGAUAUUGAAUGGGAAAAACGACAUAACAUCAAGGGAAAACGAGGGCGGAAAACUGAUUGGGAAAAAAUGGAUGCCAGAACCAUUCGUUUUCUCCAUUGGCUUGGGUUUGACCCGACCACACCAAUGAAGCCGCCGGAUGAUGCAACUACUCAAGCUUUAGCUUUCUUAGGCUACGACACAAUGGGUAGAAUCGUGGAAAAGGCGAUAUAUCUCAAGAAUCUCGAUUCGUCACGCAAUCCUAAUGGGAAAGAAUCGAAUUCGACAGAUUUGGAGAUGUGGGAGCUGAAGACAGGAGAGACUUUGGUGCAGGAGGAUGUCACUCGGGCGCUGAAAGACCCCGAAAUUCAGCCGACAGCAAUGUAUUCACUGGAUGGUUUGUCCGUGCCAUCGUUGCAGCGCUACUUUGGUCCUGGAUUUGAAGAGCGCCUGGAGCUAGAAUUAGAAGAACUCGCUGCCGCUGAUGAAGGAAAGUCGGAAGCUGCCGAGGAGGAUGUGCAAUUUCGCAAAGAGGAAGCUGCGCUCUUUGCCAACAUGUCGUCUCCUCCAAGCUUGCUUACAGACGUUGGCGCAUUGGUGGAUGGACAAGAGGAAACCAUAGACAAUAAGGAUGAGGCUAGGGAUGCGACUAAACGAGAACGAAAAAGGCCACGCAAAGCGUAA